CCCGCGGCCCCGAGCGGAGGGCCGGGCGGCCAUGGGGCUGCUGGCCCAGGGGUCGCCGCUCAGCUGGGAGGACACCAAGCGCCACGCCGACCACGUGCGGCGGCACGGGAUCCUGCAGUUCCUGCACAUCUACCACGCCGUGAAGGACCGGCACAAGGACGUGCUCAAGUGGGGCGACGAGGUGGAAUACAUGUUGGUAUCUUUUGAUCAUGAAAAUAAAAAAGUGCAGUUGGUCCUGUCUGGAGAAGAUGUUCUUGAAACUCUGCAAGAGAAAGGGGAAAGGACAAAUCCGAACCACCCUACCCUCUGGCGGCCGGAGUACGGUAGCUACAUGAUCGAGGGGACUCCGGGACAGCCCUACGGGGGGACCAUGUCCGAGUUCAACACAGUCCAGGACAACAUGCGGCAGCGGCGGCAGGAGGCCACUUCAGUGCUGGGAGAGAGCCAGGCCUUGUGCACAAUCACGUCCUUCCCCAGAUUAGGCUGCCCUGGGUUCACGCUGCCUGAGUACAAACCCAACCCUGUGGAAGGCGGCGCCUCCAAGUCCCUCUUCUUCCCGGAUGAAGCAAUAAACAAGCACCCCCGCUUCAGUACCCUAACAAGAAAUAUCCGGCACAGGAGAGGAGAAAAGGUUGUCAUCAAUGUACCAAUAUUUAAGGACAAGAACACCCCAUCUCCAUUCGUGGAGGCGUUUGCUGACGAGGAGGCUGCCCAGGCGGCCCAGCCCGACCACAUCUACAUGGAUGCCAUGGGGUUUGGGAUGGGCAACUGCUGCCUUCAGGUGACAUUCCAAGCCUGCAGCAUAUCUGAGGCCAGAUACCUUUAUGAUCAGUUGGCCACUAUCUGCCCAAUUGUCAUGGCCCUGAGUGCUGCUUCUCCGUUUUACCGAGGCUACGUGUCGGAUAUCGACUGCCGCUGGGGGGUCAUCUCUGCUUCUGUGGACGACCGGACCCGGGAGGAGCGAGGACUGGAGCCACUGAAGACCAGUAACUAUAGGAUCAGUAAGUCGCGGUACGAUUCCAUAGACAGCUACUUGUCCAAGUGUGGGGAGAAGUACAACGACAUCGACCUGACCAUAGACAAGGAGAUCUACGAGCAGCUCCUCAAGGAAGGCAUCGAUCACCUCCUGGCCCAGCAUGUUGCCCACCUCUUCAUCAGAGACCCGCUGACCCUGUUUGAAGAGAAGAUACACAUGGAUGAUGCCAACGAGUCCGACCACUUCGAGAAUAUUCAGUCCACAAACUGGCAGACGAUGAGAUUUAAGCCUCCUCCUCCAAACUCGGAUAUCGGCUGGAGAGUGGAAUUCCGGCCCAUGGAGGUGCAGUUAACAGACUUUGAGAACUCAGCUUAUGUGGUGUUUGUGGUGCUGCUCACCAGGGUGAUCCUAUCUUACAAGCUGGACUUCCUCAUUCCUCUGUCCAAGGUUGACGAAAACAUGAAAACAGCGCAGAGGCGAGAUGCCGUCUUACAAGGCAUGUUUUAUUUCCGGAAAGACAUUUGCAAAGCAGGCGGCCACGCCGUGGUGGACGGCUGUGGCAAGGCACAGAGCAGCGCGGAGCUGGCAGCCGAGGAGUACGGCCUCAUGAGCAUCGACACCAUCAUCAACGGGAAGGAAGGCGUGUUCCCCGGCCUCAUCCCCAUCCUCAACUCCUACCUGGAGAACAUGGAAGUGGACGUGGACACCAGAUGUAGCAUUCUCAACUACCUAAAGCUAAUCAAGAAGAGAGCAUCGGGACAACUGAUGACUGUCGCCCGAUGGAUGAGAGAGUUCAUCGCAAACCAUCCUGACUACAAGCAGGACAGCGUGGUAACGGACGCCAUGAACUACAGUCUCCUCGUGAAAUGUAACCAAAUUGCCAACGAACAGUGCGAAUGCCCAGAGCUGCUGGGCUCAGCUUUCAGGAGGAGAGCGAAGGACGACGCAAGUAAAGCCGACUCCGACUCCUCCAAGUAGCCCUCUGCGGAAGAGCCUCGCCUUCCGGGGGCCGGAGGCCAAGUGCCCUUCUGAGGCUCGGCCUGCGUUCAGGUGUUGAAGACCAAACAAGAGCCCUGCUGUGUUGCCUGGCCUGGCCCCGUGGGCCGGAGGCCUCCUUCAGUAGGCAUGUAGUUUCUACGUGUACGUGUAUAUAGUAAAGUAUUUUUAUGAUUAGCAAUGUAUUUUAAUAACCCUGUCUCGGAAGUCAUUGUGGACCGACCUGUACAUUUGGAUCUCGGGCUCGGGAAGCGCUCCCGUCACCGCAGCUUUGUCAGCGUCCUGUGUGCUAACCGUGCAGUGCUGGCAUUCCAGAGUUGAAAGUGUUUACUGUAAAAGUUCCUUCGGAGACUACCUGCACCUGAUUCACUGAAUGUAUCGCUUUAUCUCAGUAACACUUCCUGUUAGUAUCGCUUUUUCUUGGUAACACUUCCUCCUGUUAGUGUAUGUUGAAGACAUAAAGUCCUGAGGUACCCUGCAGCUCUCCUGGGGUAACCUUGGAUUCCUGGCCUCUCUGGCACGUUUUUCUUGGCCAUAGACUAGCUGGCCUCUUGGUCACCCUGCCCAGGCUUUGACCUAUGAAGAAAAACCCACUUCACUCUGGCCACCAUACAAGGAACUUUGCUUCUUUCUUUAAAUGUGCUGAUUCACUUACUGUGUCUGAUUCUGUAGGAAGGAAAGAGAAUCUUAACCCAGAGUUGCAGGGAGGGGCUGAUUUUGUUUUAGUUUUGCUUUUCACCAAAAAAGGCGGGGAGAUCACUGAGACCUGCUCACAGCAGCCUGGGCGGGGAGAUCACAGACCGCUGUGAGCCGCGGCCUGGGCUCUGCUCUGUGGCCCGUUCUGGUUGCUGCUGUGUAAUUACAAUUUCAAAUCCCAUGCAGCGGCCGCAGUUGGGCUGCUUUACUCAUUCUAGCUCCCAGAAAGUGCACCGCCCAACCAGCAUGUAAGAGCUGCUGGCUCCAGACUUCUCUGGAAACACAUGCUCUCUGCUUACCUUCGUGAAACUCGCCAGAAAUCAUGAAAUGCACUAAGUUUUGUGAAUCAGGACCCUAAAUGUUUCACUGUAAAUAAUUUCGGUUCCAGAUAAUCCUUACAGCUUUGUGUUGACGUUUUGGUUUUUUAUUUUUAGUUAAAUGUCCUAACUGCUUCUGAAACAGCUGUGUUAUAGAUUAUGCAUAAAUAUUUAACUGUGAUGCUGAUUUUAACAGAUUGCAAUAAAGCUGCUGCAGCCACGUC